CCCACAUUCUCAGCAGCCUUGUGGAUGUGUGUCUAUGCGCGCGUCCGUCGCGGUGUGUGUACGUGUGUGUGAGUACGUGCGUGGCCGCUCGCUGGCGCGUGCGCGUGUUUGUAUGUAAUGUAUGUAGAUGUGUGUGGGUGCGUGUAUGUGUGUUUUGUUAUUCAUGCGUUUUUUAAAAUGUAUUUAGUGGCGAUCUUGGUGAGCGACAGUGUUUGACGAAACGCAGCGGUAUUUUACGAAAUAUUGUUGUGCUCAGUUGUUGCGUGACAGCUCGGAGCUCAAAAGCAGUUUUGCUGUGAUAUGGUGCCAGUAUUGCAUUUUUGCAGAAAAAUAAAAAACAAUGCGUUAUUUGUCGUGUUGGUCUCGUUUGGUGAGCGCGAGUGUAACGGGAGGAAGAAUCGAGUUAGCUAAAUUGGCAGGUUUCGGUAGCAGAGCUUAGUUAGCAUGUUAGCUAGCUACAGUAUGUGGGUUGCUCUACCGGUUGUAUAACGAACACCUGUGGCACAUUUGCUUAUUCUUUUAUUCACUUGAUUUUGAGCGAUUUGGUGCGGGAUGAAUGCGGUAUUCCUUUUUGACGUGCUAUUUUUGAGCGUGCACAUUGUAAAUAAUGGCUGCAUGAAAUAAAAGCUUAGACAUGAGGAUUACUGUACAGUAGGUCAUGGUAGCGCUUCCCAAAGUGGAGCCACUACGGGGUCAAGAUGGUUGCUGUAAAACUUCCAAUAUUUCAUUAGUGGAGUUGACAUUGUUGCUUGGAAGAUGUUGUUUGUUGCCAUUGUUUGCCCAUUUUCACCUUCGAUUAUGCCAUUAGUAUAUGUAUAGUACAAUGAAUAUGUCUGAGGAUGUUGGUGUGGUUUUGUUUUGUUUUUUAAUUGGACCAUUUCAGAUUUUAAAUCCUAUGAUGACUACAUUAAAAAAGUAUGGCGAGGUGUGGCUCACACAGAAAGAUCUAUAAGAUCUCAGGAAAGCCUCUAAAACAACAGGCUCUGCCUCAAAGGGGCAUUCCAGUGACUGAGUUUGGAAAACCACGAUGGCUUUUCUGUGGUCUGGUGACCCCUGAUGACCCCCUGGCUUUAACCCCUACUUACCCUUUUUAAACCUCUGAAAAAAAAGUCAUUUACUCACACCGUGCAUGAGCUGCAGUGGGGUGGACUUCCAAAUGCCUACCUCACGCCUAAAAAGCAAGUCACCACAACCACAGCCCUGAGAAGCAGCCACCAUGACAUCAAGCAUAGGGGAUGAUUGUAGCAUCUUUGAUGGGUUGAUGGAAGAAGAUGAAAAGGACAAAGCAAAACGCGUGUCCCGCAACAAGUCUGAGAAGAAACGGAGAGACCAGUUCAAUGUCCUCAUCAAGGAACUUGGCACCAUGUUGCCUGGCAACACCAGGAAGAUGGACAAGUCCACGAUCCUGCAGAAAAGUAUCGACUUCCUGUGUAAACACAAAGAAAUCGCUGCCCAGUCAGAGUCCAGUGAGAUCAGACAGGACUGGAAGCCACCAUUUCUUAGCAAUGAGGAGUUCACCCAGCUCAUGUUGGAGGCACUGGAUGGCUUCUUCAUAGCAAUAAUGACUGAUGGGAAUAUCCUCUAUGUGUCAGAGAGUGUCACUUCAUUACUGGAACACCUUCCUGCGGACCUGGUGGACCAGAACUUGUUAAACUUCCUGCCAGUUGGAGAGCAUUCAGACGUGUACAAAGCCUUGUCCACGCACCCCGACGACCCAGAGAGCCUCACAUCAGAUUAUUUAAAGAGUAAAAACUAUAUGGAAUUUUGUUGUCAUAUGCUCCGAGGGUCAAUUGACCCCAAAGAACCUCCCAUCUACGAAUAUGUCAGCUUCAUUGGAAAUUUCAAGUCGCUCAACAAUGUUCCGAACGUGACGAGGAAUGGUCUGGCGGCCGUAUUACAGCGCUCUCUACAGCCAGCCUUUGAUGACCAAGUGUGCUUCGUGGCUACUGUGCGCCUCACUAAACCCCAAUUCAUCAAGGAGAUGUGUACAGUAGAAGAGCCCAAUGAAGAAUUCACCUCUAGGCACAGUUUAGAGUGGAAGUUCCUCUUUCUAGACCACAGAGCUCCACCAAUUAUAGGCUACUUACCAUUUGAGGUUCUGGGAACUUCAGGGUACGACUAUUAUCAUGUGGAUGACCUGGAGACGCUUGCUAAGUGCCAUGAACACUUGAUGCAGUACGGUAAAGGGAAGUCUUGUUACUACCGUUUCCUGACUAAAGGUCAACAGUGGAUAUGGCUGCAGACGCACUACUACAUUACCUAUCACCAGUGGAACUCUCGGCCCGAGUUUAUUGUCUGCACGCAUACAGUCGUCAGCUAUGCAGAAGUGAGGGCGGAACAGCGAAGGGAGCUGGGCAUUGAAGAAUCCAAACCAGAGGUCACUAUGGAUAAGAGCCAGGACUCUGGUUCAGAGCUGAACACUUCCAGCCUCAAGGAGGCAUUAGAAAGGUUUGACCGCAGCCGAACACCCUCAACCUCUUCCCGAAGUUCCCGCAAGUCCUCAUCGCAUGUGUCGGACAACACUUGCACUUCUUCCAAGCUUCAUAUGGAUACAGCCACGCCUCCGCGACAGUCCCUGGCUUCAACCAUGGAGAUGACGUCCCAGCGUCGCUCAUCCAUUAGCAGCCAAUCCAUGAGCUCUCAGACUACUAGCCAGAGUGUCACUCCGGGUAUGAUCACGCAGCAACAACAACAACAGCAGCAGCAACAACAACAGCAGCAGCAGCAGCAACAACAACAACAACAGCAGCAACAGCAACAGCAACAGCAGCAGCAACAACAACAACAACAACAACAACAGCAGCAGCAGCAACAGCAACAACAACAACCACAGCAACUGCAGUCAAACGUACAGCCAGUGAUGGAGUUCUCAGCACAGGUGAAUGCUAUGCAGCAUCUUAAGGAUCAGCUGGAGCAAAGGACCAGAAUGAUACAGGCCAACAUUCAGCGGCAGCAGGAAGAGCUAAGAAACAUUCAGGAGCAGCUACAGAGGGUCCAGGGCCAGGGUAUUCAGAUGUUGUUGCAGCAACAGGGAGGAGCGAUGAACAUGCAGCUCCCCCAGGUGGCGCCGGUCCAACAGGCCAGCGCUCUGAGCAAUCAGGUCCAACAAACGGCAAUCAACCCGGUGCAUUCGGGAACACCACAACUCACCAUCCAGCAACAGGCGCCUCCUCCUCAGCAAAGCCUUCAGCAGCAGACCCAACGACAGUCUCAACAGCCCCCUCAGGCUCAGCCACAAACCCAAAACUCUGUGCCAACCCAACUGUACAAUACCAUGAUGAUCUCCCAACCGGGGCAGCACAACGUGCUGCAGAUCAGCACCAGUCUGCCGCAGAACAACACGCAGCAAGGCACAGCUGUGGCCACCUUCACGCAGGACCGUCAGAUCCGUUUUCCAGCAGGGCAACAGCUGGUGACCAAACUUGUAACAGCUCCAAUGGCAUGCGGCGCCGUCAUGGUUCCCACCUCCAUGUUCAUGGGCCAGGUGGUCACCGCAUACAACCCCUUCGGUGGGCAACAGCAGGGAGGACAAACACAGACACUGACUCUCCAACCAGCGCAACCUUCCCAGGGUCAGACUGACGCCUCCAACCAGACGGCUGUGGUGGCGCAAAGCGGCCAACAGGGGCAGCAACAGCAGCAGCAGCAGUUCCUACAGGGCACUCGUCUUCUCCAUGGUAACCAGUCCACUCAGCUGAUUCUACAGGCAGCCUUCCCACUUCAGCAGCAGGGUACCUUCACCCAGACAACUCAUCAACAACAACAGCCGCAGCAGCAACAACAACCGCAGCAACAAUCACAACAAAGGCAACAACAGCAACAAUCCCACCACCAGAGGCAUCCGCAGCAGCUCAAACCCCAACCCCAGAAACAGCAGAAAGCGCCGUCGUCGCACAGGACCGACAGUGUCAGCAGCCAACCGCAGUAAGGUCUAGAGGGCCUGUUGGAAAAAAAACCGGAAAAGUCCAAAGGCCUGCCACAUACAUUUGUUUUAAUUGUGUGCUUGGCAAACCUUUCCAGCUGAAAGGUGGGAUCACGGCAACAAGGAAAUCUGCAACUCCACGAGAAUCUCAUGAACGAGCAUCACCAGUAACGGCCGGACAAAUGAACUCCCGGCAAGCUCCCCCGUUUUUCCUUGGAAGGGAGCGAGAUAGUCUGUGGAAUAUGACACAAACGCCUCAUCGCCACGGUAACAGAAGACUGUUGGAGGUGUGUCAAAAUGGACUAACUAACCAUGUACAAAUUUCCUGUAUGAUAUUGAGAAAAAAAGUGUAAAUAUCCAAUAUAGCCUAACAGGAAAUGGAAAUGUAGUAUUUUAUAUGAUUGCAUGGAAAGAAUAACUGUGUAAGCUUUUAUUAGUCGGUUUGACUUUUUUUUACUUUGUUCAAAGUGUUUCUUGGCGUGUUGACGAAACCCCUCAAAUGAACCGACCCCUCCCCCCCCCCCCCUUUUCCUCACUCAAGUCCACAAUUAGCUUAUAAUAGUCUGGUUGGGGGAGUCAAAGGUGAGUGAGGUUUAUUUUUAUUUUUAUUUUUUUGCAACUCAAGUGUUUGUAAAGCACUGUGACAUUUGCCCUUUUAACCCUUGCCCCACCCCCGAAUUGCUUUCCUGUGUAAAGGGCAAUGCACGGAAUGGAGGGGAGAAGGACAAAGUCCACCCCGCAAGUUCUCUGCCUUGGGAAGUACGAUGAGAGUUGUAACAGAGGUGGGUUGCCACCUGUAUGUGAGGAAAUUCUGCAAUGCUAUGUUGUGUUGAAAGCAAUUGUUGCUUUUCAGCAAAGUAUUUGAUGUCACCCUAGGUGCUGAUGUCACACUUGUGACCAUCAUAAUGCGGAGUCAUGGUGUGAAAGCGCAUACAGUAAAAAGGCAAAUGCUGACCUUCUGUUAUAGCUCUAAUCUGGCACUUUUGCAGGAUCUCUGCGUAAAAGAAGCUAUUGACAUUGUUUUUUUAAUUCUUUAAAAGAAAAAUAAUUGAUUACAGUCCAACUGAAAUGUUUGCGGGAUGAUCACAAAUAAGAGGUUUAUUGAUUCAAAGUGCCAAUUACAUAGUUCUGUUAGUUUGAAUUCCCAACAGCAAAGGCAUACAUACGCAAAUCUAUAUUUUACAACAAGAGCUAACCCCUAACAACGCUCACGCAAGUGUGUGUGUGUGUGUAUAUAUAUAUAUGUAGAAGGGAUUAUUUUUUUGGACAUUCAGAGAGCCCUAUACGUAACAAACAGUAUAUCCUCAUGAAACUUUAGCACUUGAUGUGGUUGUGUACAGUAAAUCACUGUCCGAGACCUAGUCGCUUGUCAACUGUGGCAUGACUCUUUGUGUGAGAAAUGUAUCGUGUGUGUGUGUGUGUUUUGUGAGAGAGAGCAUUUUGGGGAGUGUGUGCUUGUGUGUGUGUGUGUGUCUUACAGUAAUUGAUUUAGUAAGAGUUUAAAGUUGCCGGAUGGUACUUGCACUCUCAGGAAUGUGGGAAGUUAUGCUUCUGCCUCAGUCUGGAAUCAGACCAGGAAGGGUUAAACUGUGCUGCUGUAACGACCGGCGGCUAGAGUAAGAAAAGUCACAAGGAGUGUGGUGACUGAUGAUGAUGAUAUGACCCACAUUCCUCUACAGACAAAAGGUAGAGGUCCUCUUUUGGACCUGUAAACCUCAACAUGGGACAUUUGUCUCCUGGUCUCUUUGGGAUCACAGUUUAACCCUUCUUUUCCUCGUUGGGCCUCAGAAAAGAAUCAUGCAGUUCACUACAAUUGUUCCUCAGUUCUCAAGCAGCAGUAAAAAGCAGGACCAGAUCAAUGGGGACCUCCUCACUACACUAGUAAGCCAUAUCAAACGCAAAAGCCUCGGUCUGAAGGAAAGUGUUGACGUUCGGUGAAGGGGGAGUCAUCUUUGGUUCUCUUCUAGAAUGUCUUUUAGUGGUGUAACCUUCAAAGUCAAACUCCACUUUCAAGUUGUCCAACAUUUCCAAAUGUUUUUUUUUUUUGUACGAGUAAUGUAAAGCAAAUGGAUUUGCGCAAAUCAAGCAUGUUCCUAGUCAACCGUUGUAUUGUAAAACUAAAGUUUCUUUUAAGUGUUUUACUCGGAAUUCAGUCUUCCAACAUAACAUGAAGCAAGAACAGAAGUCGUUUGUUGGUAAGCUUUCGUUAUUGUUAUUGUUACAUUCGUAAAGUUAACAUUUAUGCAGCUAAUAUUUCAAUUUUUUUCAUUUGUGGUUCUAUGUUGUCAUUACGCUUCUGCGCUCCACUUUUAGUGUGAUGGCAUAAAAUUUUAAAAAUAAAAAAUAAAUCACAAUUACCUGACGUCGGUCACUAUGUUUGCUGUUUCGACAUGUUUUCCUUCAAGCUUAGUUUGGGGUGCUUGACUUUGGAGGUUCCACUGCACAUCUUUAGUGUGUGCGCGCUUGUAUGUAUGUAUGUAUGUGUGCGCAGUGAAUAUUGUAUGUCUUGUUCCUGAGUUGUUUGUGUAUUUCUCAAGGGGAACAAUAUUGGUAACCCCUGGCGAUAGCCAAUCAGUUCUUGCGUUGCAGUAUAAAGAAAAUUGUAAGAUUCAAGAAACUUUCCUUGCCGGUUGGGCUCAGUGUUCUGGAAGCCCGUGUGUGGGACUGCUCAACUUGAAUAAGUGUGCGUGCGUAUGUCUGUGUGUGAGAGAGAGAGGCCGAAUGUGUGUAUUUGUGCAAGCAUGCUAAACAAGUCACUGUCAAACCAUCUUAUUUUCAUAUGGAAAUAGAUGUGAGUGAAAAAAAGUGGGUGUUUGUAGACAAUGCAGCACGAGUCCCCCCCUCCCACUUUGCAGAAUUGUUGUUAAAUGACUGACAGCCCAACACUUAACCACAGUAACACAUCAAGUCAAUCUCUAAAAAAAAAAAAAAAAAAAUCUAUUUCUUGCAACAUUGACCACUCACCACAUAGUAGAAAAACUAGAUCAUCUUUAGCGUGCGUGAGGCAUCACUCUGAAGCGUAAUGCCAAUCUGUUCCUUUCUUGAGUGUGCGUGUCACUAAUAAGCCAGCCCAAAGAAUGUACAGUAGGCCUAUGGGUGUUUUUCUUAUUUUAUAAUAAUAAUUAAAAAAAAAGACCAAUGGAUGUUGUUGAUUACAUGAAAGAUGGAAAACAUAAGAAAGUAUAUGUCUUGCAAAAAAAGAAUAGAUUAUAAUAAUGGACAGGUUUAACAUUAUAAAAGAAGCUCUGAAUUUUUUUUUAACUAUCCUCAAUCAAAUUGAGGUGUAUUAUAUUUAAUGUGUCAAGACAAUGAGCGCCCCCUCCUCACAGAUGACCUACCCACGAUAUAAAUUGGUUGAAAUGCUAGUGUAAUACUGUACACAAAAGACAACCGUAUUCUGUGUAAAACGGUGCUAUGCUUUCUUGUACUGUAUGUACCCUGUAUGUAGUAUAUCCCUGUGCUCCUUUUAUCUACCCCAAAGUCAAAUGUUAUAAUAAUCAAUAUUUUGAAGCAAAAAAUGUUAUUGUUAUUAUAACCCCCCCCAUCUCUCCUCUUGGUCAAUUUGAAAAUAAACACAGCUGCAAUUA